CACCAGGCCCAGGCUCUGCCUUCCACUGCUCUGAGAUAAAAGUCCCAGCCCUGUCCUGGGAGACCACUAGGCUCAGUCACAGUAUCUGUGGGAGCACCAUGGCCAUGACUCUGGGUUACUGGGACAUCCGUGGGCUGGUUCACCCCAUUCGCCUGCUCCUGGAAUACACAGACUCAAGCUAUAAGGAGAAGAUAUACUCGAUGGGGGAUGCUCCUGACUAUGACAGAAGCCAGUGGCUGAGUGAGAAGUUCAAGCUGGGCCUGGACUUCCCCAAUCUGCCCUACUUGAUUGAUGGCACUCACAAGAUCACCCAGAGCAAUGCCAUCCUGCGCUACAUCGCCCGCAAGCACAACCUGUGUGGGGAGACAGAGGAGGAGAAGAUCCGUGUGGAUGUUUUGGAGAACCAGGUUUGGGACAUUCGCAUGCAGCUCGUCAAGCUCUGCUACAGCCCUGACUAUGAGAAACUGAAGCCUGAGUUCUUGGGAGGCCUCCCUGACAAGAUCAAGCUCUUCUCACAGUUCCUGGGGAAAAGGCCUUGGUUUGCAGGGGACAAGAUCACUUUUGUGGAUUUCCUGGCUUAUGAUAUCCUUGAUAUACACCGAAUGUUUGAACCCAAGUGCCUGGAUGCAUUCCCCAACCUGAAGGACUUCAUUUCCCGCUUUGAGGGACUGAAGAAGAUCUCUGCAUACAAAAAGACCAGCUGCUUCCGCCCCAAACCCCUAUUUUUAAAACUAGCCAUAUGGGGUAACAAAUAGGACUGUGUAAUAGCAACAUUCAAAGGGAGGAUCUGUCUACACUGUGGCCCUCUUACCUGGCUCCCCACACAGCUGCCUCCAUGUUCUCAAUCAUUUCUUCCUCCUUCUAUUCCCUUCUCUGAAAGGGCUAUAAUCUCCUUUUUCUACUCAGGCCCUCCUGCAACUGAGCCUCUGUAAGCUUCAGUUCUCCAUUUCUUCCACAAAGUUAUCCCAUCCCCAAUUCCUAGUCCUGGCCCUGAAUCCAUCCAGAUAGCCUCUGGCCUGCUUGGAGGAGCUUGACUGACCCCAGUCCCCAGAAUUACCUGAAAGAUCAUUUCUACCUGGUGUGUGUAGGCCCCAGUCUCCAGUGUGGGGGCUGUCCAGUCCUGUGUGACUCCCUUCCCCCAAUACAGCCUGAGCCCCACUAGCUCUGUCUUACCUU